GCCCGGGGGAGGGAGGGGGGGACCGCGCCGCCGGAGCCGCCGCCGCAGCCCGCCGAGGGCCGGGACGCCCCCGCCAUGGAGGCCAACUGGACCGCGUUCCUCUUUCAGGCACACGAAGCCUCACACCACCAACAGCAGGCAGCACAGAACAGUUUGUUGCCUCUCCUGAGCCCUGCUGUUGAGCCACCCGAUCAGAAGCCGAUUCUGCCCUUACCAAUAACCCAGAAACCUCAACCCGCGCCGGAAACGUUAAAGGAUGCUAUCGUUGGGAUUAAAAAGGAAAAACCUAAAACCUCCUUUGUGUGCACUUACUGCAGCAAAGCUUUCAGGGACAGCUACCAUUUGAGGCGUCACGAGUCCUGCCACACAGGGAUAAAGUUAGUGUCACGGCCAAAGAAAACUCCCACCACGAUGGUGCCCCUUAUCUCGACCAUUGCCGGCGACAACAGCCGCAGCUCCUUGGUCUCGACGAUCGCGGGCAUCCUCUCCACGGUCACCACGUCUUCCUCUGCCACCAACCCCAGCAGCAGCGCUGGUGCCACGGCCAUGCCAGUGACUCAGACGACCAAGAAGCCCAGCAAGCCCGUCAAGAAGAACCACGCUUGCGAGAUGUGUGGAAAGGCCUUCAGGGAUGUCUACCACCUCAACCGGCACAAGCUGUCCCACUCGGACGAAAAACCCUUUGAAUGUCCCAUUUGCAAUCAGCGCUUCAAGAGAAAGGAUCGCAUGACCUACCACGUGAGGUCUCAUGAAGGUGGCAUCACGAAACCAUACACCUGUGGUGUUUGUGGAAAAGGCUUCUCGAGGCCUGAUCAUUUAAGCUGUCACGUUAAACAUGUUCACUCAACAGAGAGACCCUUCAAAUGCCAAACGUGCACUGCUGCCUUUGCCACCAAAGACAGACUGCGGACACACAUGGUGCGCCAUGAAGGAAAGGUAUCGUGUAAUAUCUGUGGUAAACUUCUGAGUGCAGCAUAUAUCACCAGCCACUUAAAGACACACGGGCAGAGCCAAAGUAUCAACUGUAAUACCUGUAAACAAGGCAUCAACAAUAAAACAUGCAUGAGUGAAGAGACCAGCAAUCAGAAGCAGCAGCAGCAGCAGCAACAGCAGCAGCAGCAACAGCAGCAGCAGCAACAGCAACAACAGCAGCAACAACAACAACAGCAGCAGCAGCAGCAGCAGCAACAUGUCACAAGUUGGCCUGGAAAGCAGGUAGAGACCCUGAGAUUGUGGGAAGAGGCCGUCAAAGCAAGGAAGAAAGAAUGUCAGUUCACCUUUGAGAAGGCUAUAGAGUACGUACCAUUCGAAGCUGCUAACUUGUGCCAAACCUCCACUGCUGCUACUACGCCUGUGACUCUUACUACUCCAUUCAAUAUAACGUCCUCUGUGGCUUCUGGGACUAUCACAAACCCAGUCACAGUGGCAGCUGCAAUGAGCAUGAGAAGUCCAGUAAAUGUCUCAAGUGCAGUUAAUAUAUCCAGCCCCAUGAACCUCGGGCACCCUGUAACUAUAACCAGUCCACUGUCCAUGACAUCUCCACUAACGCUCACCACCCCGGUCAAUCUGCCCACCCCGGUGACAGCUCCAGUGAACAUUGCCCACCCGGUCACCAUCACCUCCCCCAUGAACCUCCCCACGCCCAUGACCUUAGCUGGGCCCCUCAACAUAGCCAUGAGACCUGUGGAGAGCAUGCCUUUCCUGCCCCAGGCCUUGCCCACCUCUCCUCCCUGGUAAAAGAAUUUAUAAGCAGUAUUAAAAACACAAAAAAAAAAAGAAAAAAAAAAAGAA